AUGGCCGACAAGGAUGCUUUCUCUGUCCCUUCCUGGGACGGCUCUGCCAAAAGCUGGCGCCGCUACACGCGGGAGGUUUCAUGGUACUUCAGGGCUACGCCCAUCUCCAAGCGGCGAUAUGUCGCCACCAAAUUGCUGAGUCGCCUGACGGGACCAGCAAGGUUGCUUGCGAUGUCAUGGAGCGACAUGGCCCUGGACGAGUAUGACGGCACGAAGGUUCUCUUGCAGAGGCUAGCUGCCUCCCCGCUUGUGAGGAGAUCGAUUCCAAAUGCCUCGGCCAUUUGUGGUCAAUACUUUGGCUUCCAACGAAAGCCUCACGAGGCGAUGACGUCCUUCCUCGUCCGAGAGGCUCUUGGCUACAGCGAGUUCGUUGAGGCCUUGGUGAGAUUGGCUGAGGAGAAGAGAGGUGUGAAGCAGGAGGAUAAGGACUUUGGCUUGCCUCCAGAAGAGCCUGACUAUGAGGACGGCUAUGACUAUAACCAGGACUAUGACUGGUCCUCAUGGCAUGCUUGGGGUGAGUGGCCGCUCGACGAUGAGAACGUUGAACAGCCUGAGGAGGGUGACUUCGACCCCAAUGCACCGACGGCUCAACCAACAUCCCUGCCGAGCGCUUCGACCAGAGCUGCUGCUGAAAGUGGUUCACCUCAACAUGGUGGAUAUCAUCGAGUUCCACAGGACAUCUCGCCCAGCCGACGCUCAGCUGGAGUACAACCCUCUCAAUCUGGCCUCGCUGAUGAUCUGUCAGAUCUGAGCUUCGCUGACUCCUUCGUGCUUGGAGUCCUUAGGGGGUUCCGGCUUCUCCAAUCGGCCGGACUGUCAGCUGAGGAGCGUCGUGACAUCCUUUCAGCAACUCAUGGUUCCCUGGACUUUGAGGAGGUGAGCCGUGCUUUGCAGACUCUCUGGGACGAACAGUUCAUUGGUGCUCGAGCUCAGGUGUCGCACGUCUCCAACUGGCACGAGAUGGCCGUGGUGGAAGAUCCUGAACCUCAUCAUGAUGACUGGUCAUGGGAUGCCUUUCAAGCUGAAUGGCAAGGUGACGAUUGGCCAUCAUGGGACUGGUCUGAGGUCAACUAUGCCCACGAGACUGUGGAUGACAAGGUCGACCAGGCCGAGGACGACGAUGAGAUCAAGGAGGCCCAGAAAGCCGAGAAGAUGGCCGAAUCUCUGGCCCUGGAAGCUCAACGAUCUUGGGCAGAUGCCCAGAAGGCCACGGCGGCCCUCCGACGUGAUCGCGGUUUUGGACAUGCUGCUCCCACAUCGGGAAAAGGCCGUGGCCCCUGUUUCAUUUGCAAUGGACCUCACCUGUCUCGCGAGUGCCCCGACCGUCGACAUCCUGGUCCUUUUAAGGGAAAAGGAAAGUUCAAACACCACUACAUGACGGAGUAUGACCCGUACAUGAUGGAGGACUUCAUGAUGGGCAAGAAGGGUGGCAAGAAAGGAAAGCAAUCUCAUUGGUUGGAGGCCCAAGCCUGGCACAAAGGCAAGGGCAGCCCGACACGCUUCAAAGGUAAAGGUCCUAGCCCUCGACCACCUGUCAAUGCCUACAACUCUGAAGUCUUCUUCGGUGGCCUUGAGAUGCAGGCCCAAGAGGCCGGAGCGCCACAGCCUGCGCCUUCUUUGCCGGCAACACAUGGUUUGCUGGAUUGCGGGGCGACGGCGUCUGCCGGUCCCCAGUUGGCCGUAGAGAACUUGGUUUCUGCAAUCCUUGCCAAGGACAGCAAGGCAGUGAUUCAAGUCCGCAAGGAUGAUAGCCUUUCAAUUCGACGUCCCCUGAUCGCUCUUGCCAUGUCCCGCAACCGAGCUGCUCUCACAGAGAAGGAGGGGAACCUGAUUUGGGACAUACGCGGCGGCGCAGCCGAUCUCCGGGAGCGCCUGACGGGCAGCCCGGACAAGCAGGAGCCUCGACCUUUCGACGAGGGCCGUGCAGUGGGGCCGGACAAUCGCGAUCCGAGGUGGAGUCCGGAUCAAUGGCCAUGCUACGGGGAGCACAUCGAGGACACCUGGAAGGCCAAUCCUCAUGCCAAGUAUCUGCACUGUGCCACGUGCAACCUGAGGCUGCGCUAUGUUCCUCGACACGGAUCCCAUGGGCAGAGCUCCAAGGUGCAGAACCCCACGAUGAUCCUCCGGAUGCUGACGACCCUGAAGGAAAGGAUGAACUCGGCGCGACCAUCUGCCGCAAUUUGCCUGGCCAUGGAGAAGGCUAUCGAUGCCGAGGAGACCCUGUCCACCCUGAUCGGACGUCAGAUGAUUGCCCUGGACAAGGAAAAGGAGCGCGAGAAAGACAUCAAGGGCUACAAGACUGCUCCACCGUCCAAGGGUGCAUCCAAAAGCAAGGCCGCUCCGUCAAGUUUGACCUCGAGCUGGGACGUGGUACCGACCACACCACCGAGCCCGCACAAGGAUCCUCGGAAGAAGACAUUCCGGGAGCUCGACCUGGAGGACCUGCUGAAGGAGGAGGAGAUGCAGCAACUCAUGAAGCUGCUGGAGGAGCAUGACCACAUCCUCGACUACCACAUCGCCCCUGCCGAGAUCUAUGGCUGCGCGGCUGCUCCUCAUGGCUACAACUUUGAUGACCGCUAUGGCAUCCACAACUAUGAACUUCCUGAUGGAUGGAAGGGAUGGCGACUUUGGUUCAGCCUCCCAUGCACGAAAUGGUGUCGGUGGUCACAUCUCAACUACCGGACCGAAGAAGGUCGUGCCCAACUGGAAAAGUACCGCCGGCGUGAGAGAAGGAUGCUAUGGAUGGCGGCUCACUUCAUCGAGGAGAUCCUCAACGAGGAUGAGGAGGUGGACAUCUACUUUGAAUGGCCCUGGCCCUGUGAAGGCUGGAACCAACACCCCAUCGAGUACAUCCACAAGAUCCUGGCCAAUCACGGACGUGAAUGGCUCCCAUGCCGGAUUGACGGCUGCAACUAUGGGCUUCGAGCUUCUGAUGAAUCCGGUGGCUUCCUCAAGAAGCAGUGGCGUGUCAUGACCACCAACGAGCAGUUCCACAGCAAGUUCAAAUGUAAGGUAUGUCCUGGAGGCCACAGCCAUACUUGGAUUCAAGGCAUUGAAACUGCCAAGAGCUCCUACUACCCAUGGAGACUAUGCAAAUCCAUCGCUUUGGCCUGGCGACAGGAGUAUGUGUCCGACCGGAACCUCAAGCUCGUCUUUGCCCAGGAAGAUCAGCCUGAAAUGAUCACACUUGAAGAAGAGCUUCACCAUUUGGAGGAGCUACCUCAUGUACUACCUGCCUUACAAGAGGAACCAUCCUCGAGCUCUUCGUCACUGAGUCCUUCGAAAGAGGAGCUUCAAAAGUGGCAAGCACGGCUGUCACACUUCCACAAGGCAGCUGGACAUCCCACAGCUCGGAACCUGGCCAGACUGGUCCGUGAUGCAGGCUGUCCGGCCUGGAAGGUUCAAACCGCUCUUGAACACCAAUGCGAGACCUGCAAGUCUCUCAAGAUGGGCGGAACUUCAUCAGGACAGAUUCCACCUGCUGCAACUCAUCCACUUCCUGGUGCCUGGGAAUGCAUUGGCCUUGACACCGCUGAAUGGCUCGUUCCAGGACAACAGAAGAAAGCACGCUUCAUCCUCAUCAUUGACCUCGCUACCAAGCUCCGUGCGGUUAAGCUCAUCAAGGAGUACCCUGAACUGGCAAUGCAGCCAGAAUCCUCCGAAGAGAUCAUUGAAGGUCUUGUACAUGGCUGGCUGGCGCACUUUCCGAAACCCAAGCUCAUCGUGGCGGACAACGCCAAAAGCUUUGUCAGCGCCCGCUUCCAUGAGUUCUGUGAGGCAGAAAACAUCCAGCUGCACUUCCCACCAGAGAAGGAACCCUGGAGUCAUGGCAUUGUGGAGGCUGCCGUUGCGGACAUCAAACAUGUUGCAAAUGCUAUACAACUUGAAGCCUUGGACAACACACCAGCUCUUUCCCUCACCUUGGCUGCCUCCGCCUUGAAUGGAACAGAGUUCACUGCUGGAUACUCUGCGCAUCAAUGGGCCUUUGGCGCUCGCUAUGCCAUCUCCGACGAAGACAUUCGGGUAUGGAAUGCCAUUGACCCCAAGGAGGACUUUUUGCGAAUCUCCAAGGCACGAGCAGAGGCUGAAGAGAUCGCGAGACGAUCGCGUGCGAAAAGGGUGAUGAGCAAACUGACCAACACCACGGUCAAACAACCUCUGAGGACCUACAGUCCCACCGACCUCGUGAUGAUCUGGCGCAAAGUCCAAGCUGGCGAACAGCAUCAAGGUGGUCAAGACGCACCUCAAGCCCGACUACAAGAGCACACAUCGAUCAAGUCACCAAAGCCUCAGCAGUACCUUCCACAGCCUGAGAUCCCUAUGGCGGACUACACGCCCACAGAACCACCUGAUCCUGGUGAACUUCAGGAACGAAUGGAUGACGUCGCUGACAAGUCAGAAGCCGUGAACGACUAUGACAACCCCGACCUCGAAGCUCCAGAAGCCAAAAAGGCCAAGCUGGACCAUCGAACAGAAUAUGACCUCAAGUGGCUUGAACAGCUCCACGCAGAAGCUCAACAAGAAGUCACCCAUGAAGAUCUGUUCACCUUCCUCCAAUCCUAUGAAGGUGACUGUCUGCACAUCGAGCUGGACCUGAACUUCAAGAACAGGCGAGAUCGCCGCAACUUUCAGCUGGACCCCGUCCUGUACCUGACCAAGAAGCUGAACUCUGCCGAGGUGUCGCUCAAAGCUCUGGGACCCGAUGACCUCAUCCUCUUCACCAGAGCUAAGGCGAUCAUCAAUGAGUGCCGUGCCCAAGCCACCUGUCUGGAGUUCAGUCGUUUUGAUGACUGUGAGUCUUGGGACCAAGUCGUUUUUGUGGGAAUGGGUGAUCAAGCCCACUCGAAUAGAGAGAAAGGGGGAAGCACUGGUGGGAUGGUGAUCCUGGCAUCUUCUCCCAAAUGCCUGGAUGGAGCGGUGAGCAAGAUGUCGCUGCUAGCUUGGCGCACCUGGAAGCUGAAGCGCCGUGCGGUGGGAUCAAACGACGCAGAAGUGCAGUCGAUUCUCGAGACCGAGGAUGUCCUGUUCCGCUCAAGGGUGCUUUGGGCAGAGCUCCAUGGCGCUGGGAAGCACGUGGCUUCCACACGUGGUUUUGACAUGGUGGAUGCCAUGGAGGCGGUGGCUCGCUUAGUGAGAGGCAUUUUGUGUACAGACUCAAGAGGAGGAUUUGACGCCAUUGAAGUCAGUGAGUCUCCACUUUUAGGUUUGACAAACCUCCGAGCGGCCCUUCAAGCAUUUCAAUUGCGCGACAAUUUGCGUCGCACGGGCUGCACGUUGAGGUGGGUAGCGUCGGAUUACGACUUAGCCGACGGGCUCACAAAGAAACGCCCCGAGGCGCGCAUCGGCUUAGAGAGAUUUUUGAAGUCAUGGCUUUGGGCCAUUGCAUUCGAUGCAUCGUUCACGGCUGCCAAGAAGAACAAGCGACAAGGUCGCACAGCUGUGAAGAAGAUCGAUGACUUUGAAAGCUCAGGCCAAAAUGAGUCAAAGACUCAAAAACCUUUUUUGCCGGUGCAGGUUCCAUGGCCUUGA